AUGUUUUAUCUUCCAAAUGAAGAUGCUGCUCUUUCCUGUACUUCAGCCUUCAAAGCCAAGCUUUCUUCCAUUUCAAUAUCUCAAUCUUUUAUAUCACAGUGCAUGAAUGGGAGAAACGAUUUCGUCGUUAAGCCUUCGAGUUGUGGAGGUAUUCUCACAAUGAAAGAUUGGAUGUCAAAAGUAGGUCCAAAUAGCCUACUUGACUCAUCUUGUACUGGUGACCUUGGAGGGCUUACUAGGUGUAGUUUGUGUCUUGAAGCUGGUUUGAAGGUAAAUACUCAGUUGGUUUCUUUGAAUCCGAAUGUGACAAAUGAUAAGUGUUUUUAUUUCACUGCCUUUUAUGCUGCUGGUAUUGUUAGUGAAUUUGGACCUGAGGAUUCAAGAACUGCUGCUUGUGUGCUUGCUUUGCCUUUGGCUAACAAGGCUAGAAGAUCGCGGCAUCUUAGCAGAGGGACUUCAUUAAAAAUGGUUUUUGGGUUUUUGGGUACUUUCUUUGGGAUUUUAGGUGCUAUAGGUUUCAUUAUUCUUUACAGGAAAUGGGAUAAGAAGAGAAAGCAAGAUGCAUUACAUCAAGGGUAUGUGACUAGUGUUAAGUCCCAAAUUUUGCCCAACACGGGUGCUAAGUGGUUUCAAGUAGGUGAGCUUGAACAAGCCACUAAAGGAUUCUCCCAAAGGAAUAUGAUAGGCCAAGGAGGGAGUGGAAAUGUCUAUAAAGGGACCCUUUCUGAUGGUACCUUAAUUGCUGUGAAGAAAAUUCUUGAUGUGGAUAGUAAGGGUGAUGAGGAGUUUAUUAAUGAAGCAGAAAUUAUAAGCAAGAUUAGGCAUAGGAAUCUUCUUCCUCUAAGAGGAUUUUGUGUUACAAGUGACAAUUUGAAUGGAAAAGGGAGAUAUUUGGUGUAUGAUUUCAUGCCAAAUGGCAGCCUAGAUGAUCAUCUCUUCAACGUUGGAACGAAACGAUUAUCUUGGCCUCAAAGAAAGAACAUAAUUCUUGAUGUGGCUAAAGGGCUAGCUUACUUGCAUUAUGGAAUCAAACCUUCGAUUUACCACCGCGAUAUUAAGGCCACAAAUAUACUCUUGGACAUGGAUAUGAAGGCAAGAGUUGCAGAUUUCGGAUUAGCUAAGCAAAGCAAAGAAGGACAAACUCAUCUUACAACAAGGGUGGCUGGCACUUAUGGAUAUCUAGCACCCGAAUAUGCCCUUUACGGACAGUUAACAGAGAAGAGUGAUGUUUAUAGCUUUGGCAUCGUUAUCCUCGAGAUCAUGAGUGGAAGGAGGGUUCUUGAUGCAUCUAAUUCUACUUCUACACUUUUGGUCACUGACUGGGCAUGGACAAUGGUGAAAUCAAGAAAUGUGGAAGGCGUUUUCGAUGUGUCAAUAAGGGAUGAAGGACCAAAGAGAGUUAUGGAAAGAUUUGUUCAUGUUGGGAUACUUUGUGCUCAUGUUAUGGUGGCUUUAAGACCAUCAAUUGAAGAUGCUUUGAGAAUGCUUGAAGGAGAUAUUGAUAUUCCAAGAUUACCAGAUAGGCCACUUCCCCUUGGUUUUGAGUCAUUUGAAUCAUAUUCAUUACACAGUGAUAGAUUCAGAGAGAUUUCAAUUAGCAGCAACAGUAACAGCUUAUCAAGGUAUAUUCAAAAAUAG